UUAGUUCUAAAGGCGUCGCGAUGUGGUCGUUACUCCGCCUAUUCCUGGGUCUUUCAGUUCUCUGGGGACUGCCCCAGGAUGUGAUUGGAUCCUGUCAACUUGAGACCACACCCACCGCCCCCCUUAUCGUUACGACUUUUGGCUCCAAGCAAUUGUUGUCCAAUUCUGGUGGGAUACAUGAACGUGAUGAAGGCGAAACUAUUGAGUUGUUUUGCGGCAGUGGAUUUUUGUUCAAAUAUAGCAACAAUGAGGAAUAUACAUCAAUAAAUCAGAAUAAGGUUUCACUGAGUUGCGAUUCAGAUUAUUUUAUAAUUCCAAGCGAUGGAGAGCCCUUAGAAAACCUUGUUGUUCAGUGCCAGAAGGGAGUGUCGCAGUUGUUUGAGAGCAGGACCAGUUUGCCCAACUGCGAAGGCGACAUGACUCUCGUUUUGGGUCAUGACUUCGAAGAAAUGGGGACAAUGAAAAGUGCCGCCUUGUGCUAUGAUAUUGUCGCCUCCCGGAUGAAAUACAUUGGCUACACGACGUUCCCCGAGAAGAACCUGAUUUUGCAAAAGACGCAAUUGGGUCAGCUAAAUUCUAUCGGACUGGACAUCAAAGUAAACUACCGCAAGAACCUAAUCAAGUCCAUCAGCCAGGCCGAAAUCGACGCCUACUUGGUGAAGAAAGAGGUGCUGUCGCAGUUGUUCCAGGGAAGAGGCUUCCAGUCCGCCAGUCUAGUUCAGGACGAGGCUGUUGGCGUCCAGUUGGACGGCUACGAGGCCAUGAUGACCACCACCUGGCUGAGCGCCCUGCGUUCCGGCAACUGGAAGCGCUGGGUGACGGCGAUGCGGGAGGCCACCAGAGCCGGUGUCCACUUUGACGUCCGACUGGGCGUCUCCGGAGUACUGGAGCUGCCGUUGGAUGUGGGGCAACCCUGCAACGCCAGCCGCUCGCUGGUCUUCGAACUAACGGACGGCGGCUCCGUGCCGGCUCCCGCCCACAUUUGGGCCCAUGUCCACGCCCUGGAGUCAACCGGAGGCGUCGACGACGAGUUCGUCAUCAUCGGCCACAACUCCCCCUUUUUCCGCAGCGACAUUUCCGCCGAGCUGUGCUCUUCGAUGUGCAACCAGGUGUCCUGGCUGAAGAACAGCCUGUUCGCCAGUCUCCACCAGUUCCCCGCCUACGGAUUGGUGCAGUGCUGCCGGGUGGAGGACGUGGCCAGCAAGCUGGACAACUUUCCCGGGUCGUUCGCGAAGGAAUCCGCCUCCACGAGCUCGACCCCGGCUCCGGAUCCUAUUCCGGCGUUUGUGAUGUCCCAGAAGCCAGAAAGGGAGAGCACUGAACUACAAUAAUUGAACUCAAAUCUUCUUUUUCGAAUCGAUACAAGAGCUGCAACGCUAUAGAAAAGUCUUCAAACAUGUUAAGCAUAAAGUAACUGUUACCCUCAUUAGCUUAAAUAACAAAGAUACAAUUGCCCAUUUGUAUACCCUUGCAUAUAUUAUAAUUUCAGUAAAAAGUU